AGAUCACAUGUACGUUGCCGGAUAAACAUUGACUUAACCAUCUUAUAUAGAAAAUGUACAUAGUGUUAAUAUAGAUGCUUUAAUACCAUUUUCUUUCGUAAUCCAUAUUGCAUGCAUCACUUAGAUGCUCUUAUGAGUAGUCUAUAUAUUAACAUAAAUAAAGACUUUGUAAAUUUGUUGGUCACAUAAAAAAAUAUAAAGUGUUAUCAUUCAACAUGGCAAGUGACAAAAGUUGUGUAUUACCGUAAAGGUUGACUUUUAAUGUUACAUAGAAAGUGAACAGUAUAUAAUUCUCCCCCUCUCUUCUCGUACCUCAAACCAUACCCAAAUUACAGUUUUUUUGGCCGAAUAAAGAUUACAAAAAUGGAAACUAAACUCUUGUUGAUAAAUUUAGUGUUACUAGUAGCAUCAUCUCUCAUACAUCCAGGAGUGUGCUCUCUUUCUUGCGGUUUUCCAGCGAUUUUCAACUUCGGCGACUCAAAUUCCGACACAGGCGGUCUCUCCGCCGCCUUCGGACAAGCCCCUUACCCAAAUGGCCGAACUUUCUUCCACACCCCUUCUGGUCGUUUCUCUGAUGGUCGGCUCAUCAUUGACUUCAUAGCGGAGGAGUUAGGGUUACCAUACCUUAAUGCUUUCUUGGACUCCAUUGGUUCAAACUUCAGCCAUGGUGCUAAUUUCGCCACCGCUGGAUCCACCGUCCGGCCACCGAACACCACCAUUUCUCAGGGAGGUGCCAGUCCCAUCUCUCUCGACGUUCAGUUGGUUCAAUUCUCUGAUUUCCUCACACGAUCACAACUCUUUCGCAGUCGAGGUGGAGUGUUUAAGCAACUACUUCCAAGAAAAGAGUACUUCUCUGAAGCUUUGUACACAUUUGACAUUGGUCAGAACGAUCUCACUGCUGGAUUAAAAGUCAACAUGACUACAGAUCAAAUCAAGGCUUAUAUACCAGAAGUUCUUGAUCAGUUAUCCAAUGCCAUUCGUAAGGUGUAUAGUAAAGGAGGAAGAAGAUUCUGGAUACACAACACAGCUCCUCUUGGUUGUUUACCUUAUGUUUUAGACCGCUUUCCAGUACCCGAUUCUCAAAUCGAUAAGCACGGUUGUGCGAUUCCGCGUAAUGAGAUUGCUCGGUUUUAUAACUCUGAACUCAAAAAGAGAGUGAUUGGGUUAAGAAAAGAGCUUUCUAAAGCUUCAUUUACUUAUGUUGAUAUCUACUCUAUCAAGCUUACUCUCAUCACUCAAGCCAAGAAACUCGGUUUUAAAUAUCCUUUCAUAGCUUGUUGUGGAUAUGGUGGGAAGUACAAUUUCACCAAUCUUAUAAGAUGUGGAGCUAAAGUUAUGGUGAAAGGGAAAGAGGUUGUGCUUGCUAAGUCUUGCAACGACGUGUCGUUCAGAGUUAGCUGGGACGGCGUACAUUUCACCGAAACGGCAAACAAUUGGAUCUUUAAGCAAAUAAACAGCGGGGCGUUUUCGGAUCCUCCUCUUCCCGUUAAGUUAGCCUGCACCAAGUAGAGAAUACAGGGGAAUCAUAUGACCGAAGUGCCCUUCAAGAUGGGGACUAAUAAAAGCUAUUUAUAUUUGGAAUAUUUGUUUUUUUCUUUGGGGUCAAAUUCUAGAAGAAAAUUCGAAUGAAAAUGAAAUUGCAACAACC